AUGGCUCACUUAGCUCUCCUCUUUUUUACAUUAACUUCUCUCACUUCCAACAUCCUUUUUAGCCAAGCUUCUGCUUCAUCCCCAAAGCCAAAAGCUCUAGUUUUACCGAUACGCCAAGAUGCCGCUACUAAACUCUUAGUAGCGAACAUCUAUGGAAGGACACCCCUCAUCCCAGUAGGCUAUGUUGUGGAUCUCAACACCCGCCAUGUAUGGGCUAACUGCGAGUCCAACUACAACUCGACGACCUUUAGUCAGCCUAAGUGUAAAUCAGCCCAAUGCAAAUCAGCUCAUACUAGCUAUUGUUUUACUAAUUGCCAAGGAGCUAGACCAUUUUGUCAUACUAAUACAUGUGGGUACUUACUGGAGAAUCCAGUGUCCCAUCAAAGUACUAUUGGUGAGCUAGCUCAAGAUGUCAUCGCUUUCAGUUCAACCAAUGGGAAGAACCCCGGUCCAUUCGUCCGUAUACCUGACUACCUCUUCACCUGUGCGCCAUCUGCACUGGUUGAACUGCGCUUACCUAAAGGUGUACAAGGUGUAGCCGGACUGGCUCAUGCUCCAAUCGCGCUCCAAAACGUACUUACGUCUAGACUUGGGAUUAAGCCCAUUUUCACCAUGUGCAUACCAUCUACAACCUCUGCUGAUGGGGUCAUUUUCUUUGGAUCAGAUGGGCCUUACAGUUUCCUCCCAGGAAUCGACGUGUCAAAGAGUCUCAAAUACACACCGUUAACUUUUAGCCCAUUCGAUGAGUAUUACAUUCAUGUCAAGAACAUUAAAAUCAACCAAAAGCCAGUUCCUGGCCUCAACACUACUUUGCUAUCAGUAAACGAUACAGGUUCUGCUGGCGGAACUACAUUCAACACCCUAUUACCUUACACCAUUUUAGAGGGAUCCACUUUCAAGGCCAUUACUUCAUUUUUUGCUAAGCAGCUCUCUAAGGUGCCACAAGUGAAGCCAAUAGCACCAUUUGGGCUGUGCUACGAGUCGAAAUAUUUCACUUCAACUCUGUUGGGCCCUGGAGUUCCCAGCAUCGACCUCGAGCUAGAGGGUCAGGAUGCAGUUUGGUCCAUUUUUGGCCUGAACUCUAUGGUGGAGGCCAAACCUGGAGUGUUAUGCCUAGCAUUUGUGAAUGGUGGGAUUGAGUACAGAGCUAAUAUCAACAUUGGGCUAUACCAAAUGCAGGAUAUACCAAUGAAAUUUGACCUAGGCAAGUCAGUGUUGGGCUUCGGUGGCCCACUCAGCGGAAUUCGGACUCAUUGCUCAAACUUCAACUUCACUGCUGUUGCUUAA